UUGUCGGGUGGUGGAGCUGCGUUUUCUCUCUCUCUCUCUUUCCCUCUCCCCCUCCCAUUACAAUCAGUGCCACAAUGGCGACGCUGCACUCUUUGUUGGCUGUGCUUUUGCUGGUAGCAGUAUCUGUUAAAGCCCAUGGAGGUUCGAAGGAUGUGGACGCACGGGAUAAAGGAGCACAGAAGGCCCUGGAAUUUUCCCUACAAGAAUACAAUAAGGGCAGUAACGACAUAUAUGUUAAUCGAGUGUCCAAGAUACACAGGGUCCAGAAACAGAUUGUCAAUGGAAUCAAAUAUAUUAUAGAAGUUGAUAUCGGUCGAACUGAAUGUACAAAACCAACCUCCAAUCCUGAGGACUGUGCUUUUCAUACGGAUCCCUACAUUUCCAAGACCACAUUCUGCCAUUUUGAAGUCAUUUCUAUUCCAUGGCUGAAACAAACUGAAAUGAAGGAGAGUAAAUGCUACUGAUUCCUGAUGACAACAAUAUGCUUUGCUAGAGAUUGAUUACAUUUCUCUGAUACUUAAAAAUAAAUAACAAUUGUAUUCCAAUAAUUUUAGGCUUUGAUAUUCUCAUGUAAUAACUAAUUUGUUCAUUAGUGCAGAAUAAAACAUUUGUUGUUAGAGGAAAA